AUGUCUUCAUUCACUCAGCCGACGCCAGUAGUUGCCUGCGGGAGAAUACCCGCGAUGGGGAAAUCAAUCUCCCAGAACCUGCUGCCUGAAUAUGAAGUUAUCCACUUCAUCCUGUCAUAUGAGGCUGCAGAGGCUGAGCUCCCGCAUCUGCUUGCAGGUCGCGAUCCUCAGUCUCGGAGCCCCAAUGAGAUCGGAACCCACGAUUACAGCCGGCCUCCUCGCGCGGUAAUCUUCGGUCGCGGCUAUGAGCCUCAGCAGGUUGAAGAGCUUAAGAAGAAAUUCGCGGGUGUUACUAAUGAACCUGUUGCUUGGGUGAGGGGGAACCCAGCGGAUUUGCCUGCCGGGGCCGCUGGGCCUGACUAUGCUCAGAAUAUCGCGGCGGAGAUGAAGAAGGUGCUUAAAAAAUGGAGGGACGGGGGAGGAAAAGAUGAGGAGAUUUUGGUGUACUAG